AUGUACGGAAAUGAAAUAACCCAAGUUCACGUUCCGAUAUUUGCACAAGUUGCUCAGGGGCUCGAGGAAUGCGGCUUUAAAAUACUUCCAAAUGCAGAAUUUAUCUACUGCCACAAAGGUAGAAUACUCAGACCCGAAUUAUCGUUUCAAGUCCAAAAAGUUUAUAAUGGUGAUUUAAUUAUCAUUUACAUGAAAAAACUCCCAGAUCCCUCAAAAAGAGAAAGAUUUUUCGAAAUGUUCCAGCCGAGUACCACCAAAGAAGUCAAAUUAUCUCGUAGCGAUAAAAACAAGAAUACUGUAGUGGCAAAGAUGACAGACAACGUUUAUCGAUUAUGGGAAGGACAGAGAGAAUUCGGCUCAGUGCUUAAUAAAAUGCUUGCAGCUCAAAAUCAAGCAGAAGUUGAACCCGAACAGAUACCAACAAUAAUACCUGAGCCGAAAUUAUCUACAGAGAAAUUACCCCUCUUUCCAGUUGAAAGUCAGCAGAUACCGCCUAAUUAUUCUUAUUCGACUGAUUCAGAAGCCGAGAUUGCCCCACGAAAACCAAUCAUUAAAUUUGCAAAGAAAGAGUAA